UUGCACAUUAUUUCUCAAAUCUCUAUUUCUGUCUCCCACACAUGCACACACACUAAGACAGUUCUCCUUUUUUAUUUUUUCUAUAUCCACUACAAAACUGAAGCAGUGUGACUUUACAGUGAGAGAAGAAAACGUGCCAUCUUCAGCGGAAAAAAGGAACAAAAAGAAGGGUUUUAUUGUGUAGCCGUAGAGUUUUUUUUCCCAGAAGGCUCUGGUUUCCAAAUGUUGUACCGUUUACAGUGUUCAGUGGCGUUGCUAGGAAACAGCUACACUCUUGUCAGGGUUCCAUAGUAACAGAAGAAGAAACUUAGACACGUUUAAAAUGCUAAUAUCUAAAGCUGUGAGGUGUUUGUAACAUAUUGUAUUUUCGUACGUAUUCUAAUAGUAGUAAAGUGUAAUGGUGAGUAAAACAGUGAGUACAGUAGACGAACCUGACUUUAGCCCCGCCCCCGGUGGGCGGAGUCAAACAGCUGGAUACUGUGGAGUGUCUCGUGGCGGCGAUGCAUCCAGACGGACCGCUGAGACAAACGAGCCUGCCCACCAACUCAACUCACGACGAGGACGGCUAACUGGGACCGCAGCUGCUCGGAAAAACACACAAAAAUAGGAUACAAAAGUAAGGCUGGACCGUGGUAGUUUCCCCUCCACCCACCUGAGUUGUGGAGGACACGACGGCGUACUCAAAGUUUCCCGAAAAAAAGCUGCACAAACCGGCUAGCUAACAGAAGGCUAAAAGGACACAUCUGUCCUGCCAGCGUCCUAUCGAACAUCCUCCUCCUGCAGGAAACAUGAAUCACUCGGUGGCAGUGCAGAUGUCAUUGACACUCAGUUAAAUGUUACUUGAGCAGAUAUCGCUCGGCUGGCCGAAGAGGAAAAAGAAGAAAGGGGCUGUUCAAGGUGUGGGAAGAUGUCUCUCUGGAUGAUACUGCCUGUUAGCCUCCCAGUCCUGACCAUCACUGGGAUAUGGGUUGUGUAUGCCAUGGCCUUGUACAACCAGCAUGUCUGCCCCGUGGAUAAUUGGUUGUACAACCAGUCAUGUGAAGAGGAGCUGUAUUUGCAGAGUGGGCCAUCCUUGUGCUGCACACUAGACAAUGUACCUCUGAUCAGCAAAUGUGGGACUCUCCCACCUGAGAGCUGCUUCUUCAGCCUUAUCUGCAGCACCGGCUCAUUCAUGGUUAUGGUGAUUGUGCUGCUCCGCUAUGCCCACGUUAUUGAGAAGCAUCAAAACUGUGUUCUCAACACAGCGAGUCUUUCCACAGGCUGGAUCUGUGCCGCUGGACUCAUCAUGGUGGGCAACUUUCAGGUCGAUAAUGCUAAAGUUCUCCACUAUGUCGGAGCAGGCAUCGCCUUUCCCACCAGUAUGCUGUUUGUGUGCCUGCAGUCAGCACUGACCUACCGACUGGCCAAGACCCAGGGGGAGUACAGCUUGGCCCACCUCCGGCUCUGCAUGACCCUGCUGGCCUUCGUAGCCUUGGUGCUCAGUGGCGUGUUUUUCUGCCAGGAGAGCUUCGUCCUGCAGCACGCCUCUGCCAUCUUUGAAUGGGUGUUCUGCGUCAUCAUCAUGCUGUUUUACGGGACGUUUGCCUUCGAGUUUGCCAGCAUGUCAGGAGACACCAUGGUGGUUCUAGCUCGAGGUGGGAGCCUCGGACCUGCUGGGAGAGAACACAAGAUGGACGCGCUAGGAGCACUGGGGGCACUGGGAGGGCUCGGUCCGCACUCACAACCACACGCUGCACACCAACCUGAAAGCAUGUCCAUCCUGUAGCCUCCUGGCAUGUUUCGACGCCACGCAGUUGCCUUGUUUAUUCCUUUCAAACUCUGGUUGCUGGAUGAGUUUAAUUAUUCAUUUCCAGCCACGUUCGCCUGAAGCUUUGAAACGAGCCAGGCCAGUGCAGCAGCUGUUGAUGGCCGAGCGGGUGCAGAUCUGCCACCACAGCAGAGAGCUCAGUUGGUGUUGUGCUCAUAUCAAGCUAAAGAACUUGUUUGCAUUUUGCACAUUGCACAAACCAAAUUUUCUCCCAAAUCUGUCCUGUCGUCAGUGACCAGCAGGGGAGUAGUUUGUCAAUCAGAUCAGUAAAGUGUGCUGCUCCCCCCUGGGUUCCUGUAAACUGUCUCAAUAUGUGGCCUUGGACCGUGUCCUCUUAAAUGACUGAUGAUGGUUUCAGUGUAUGUUAAGAAGUGAAGGCUGCUGGAUGGCCUAGCUGACAGUAUUACAGUAGUCAGACGGAGAGAAGGUGGUGUGAGAGUAAGGUCAGACCUCAGGCUUGUUUUCCUGCCAGAGUUUGGAUGAAUGCAAUAAAUUCUGUCAAAUACAAAGUAUAGAAACGUUUCAGUCAGAACCAGGCAGCCGUCUAGAUUUUGCAAUCAUUUGAAUCCCCUCUAAGCAAUAUUUGCCAUAUCAAAUAACUCUGAUUAUUAGCACACGACUCUGCAUAAGUUUCAGCUGCUUUUAUCUGACCAUUUUUGUUAUUCAGUCUGCAUACUCAACUCCAUGUUACCUCCCGGCCAAAGAUGAGUGAAUGAUAAGACACAGAUUUGUUUGUCAGGAGUUGUUUGGCCAAAGCUGAAUGGAAAGUGAAUGUUGGGCUCAUGUUCUUCAGGUUGACAUUAGUAUAAUAAUGUGCUCUGCUGGUGUUCUGUUGGAUGUGUGCGUAAGCGUUAGCUGUGAUGACUUAUGUCGGUUUGUUUUGUGGUUAAAAUCACCUUAAUGCAGCUUUAAAAUAUGCGUCAUUUAUGUUUGAAGGACAGCUCCAAAUAUGCAAUUCUGUUUGCUUCGGUUGAAGUUUCAUAUCUUUAUUUUAAAGUCAUGAAUUCAAAUCAUAACUGCAUCUAGAAAUACGUUUCUCUUCUUAUUGUUAGCUCGAUGACAAACCUGAAAUAUUGGAUUCAACUUCCUCUCUGUAAAAGAAUAUGAAGAGGGUUGACAGAGUGUCCAGAGACCAAAUGCAUGCCAGCUAAUUCAAGCCAGAGCUCUGGGUUUAUUGAGUUUAGUGACGAGGUAUCACACGUGCUUUCAGGUCCUCUAUAGAUGGAAGUCUGUGUCUUAUUAUGCCCCGUCAAGAAGGAGGAGAAUGUGCUCUUGUUGCUUUACCUGCUUGUUUUUCUUUAAAGUUCUGCGUAGUUGGAGUUUUAUUUCAGCAAGUCUAGCUGCAGAUAAAGGGAAAAGGUUUGUAAUGUAAGACUGAGAUGCACUGUCCCGCCUCUGUGUUACUGUACAAAAUGUGCCAAAUAUCAGUUUGCCUAUGGCAUCGGUGCUACAACACAAAAAGGCCUUAUUCUGUCAUUUCCCACCUUUCUUAGUUGUGAUUAUGAAAGCAAUAAGAGGAGACAUGGAGUCAAUCAGUUACUGCUUGUAUACAGAAGAUCCCUGUGAGUGCCAGAAAGACUAGUAUGUAGAGAAAUGCUCCCCGCUGAGAGAACACAGUUCAUAUUUUUAGGAGAUUGUUAACAUCUCAGUGUAAUAUUAACACAUUUUGAGGUCCGAGCUGAAAACCAGAGCGAACAGAAGGUUUUCUCCAGCCGUACUCCUGUUAGUUGGCUGUUAUUACACCCUCAGACCAUAGCCGGCCACAUGUUGGGAAGAGGUUUGACUGUAGUGCCAGUAAAAGUGGUUCAGGUGCAAACUUUUCACACAGGUUUCACAAUCUUUUACUAAUGGACUGAACUGUGGUAAUUCACCAUCAGGCUGAAUGUAUACGUUCCACAGGAGAAGCUCGUGCACGCUGCAACGUGGAAUGAGCUGGAAGGUUCGCCACUUGAUCACUUGCUUCUCCCUACUGGUCAAACUGCUUAUUGCUUGAGUUUGUGUACACGUCAGAGCUGUGGUUUUGUAUCUCAGCUCACAGGACGUCUUGUUUUCUACUUGAAAAAACAACUCUACGUGUUUGUGUCUACAGCCAAGGAUAUUCAGUUGGCGACAGUUUUAAGGUCAAAUCUGCAGAUACGGAGUUACUGUCAGAAUGAGUAGUGAGGUCUCCUGUGAUGAUACACUACCUUUACAAUAUGCAUUCCUCUAACAAAUCAUAGUAAAGAUUUGAUGCGUUUCAUGUAUUUAGCCAAAUGAUGGUGCUGCUCAUGUCGCUCUAGCAAGAAACCUGUUGUCAUUUGACAUUUAUUAAAAGUGUUUAAUUUGACGUCAUUGAUGCCUGUCUCCAGUCGAACACUAAACAGUUUGACAUUUUGUAUCGCCUGCUACACAUCUUUUUCGUCAAUUUAUGUCACUGUUUCUACUUUCUGUCCCUUUCGUUCUUGUUUGUGGGUCUGUCUGAUCUUUGCUCUCAGGAAAAUGUUACAACACCAGCUACGUUGUUUGAUUCCGUUUGCUUCUGACGAUGACGAUUCGUUGUGUAUAUUUGUUUUGCGUAGUAUAGGUGCAGCUGCUUUUUCACAGUUGUAGGGCUGAUGGUUAGCCGUGGUGUAAUAGAACGUUUUUGUUUAUCAAAUAAAAAACUCAGUAAAAGCUUAACAAAAUAAGCAUUCCUGUAAUGUUAGCUUGUGAGAAUGCUUAUGCUGCUCACGCAAACGUGGUUAAAUAUCUGCGAGAAUAAAUGAGCUUCCUCGUGUAAUCAGUAGAUCAUUGGUGAGAGCGUUCUGACAAACUAACCAGCUCCAGUAAACCUCAAAGAAAUGUCAAUGUCACGCUGUCGGACGGCGAAAUGCUCCCUGUGCCUUAUGUAUUGUUUUGAUAAUGAAAACCAAAGAGGUCUAGGUUGUAAAUUCUAUUUUGAUGAAAAGUCAUGAUUGUAUACAUGUAUGCCUUAAUGUUCAAUAAAGAAAAACUGAAAAAGCAAAUGUU